AUGGGCUACGUAGUAGUGAUAGCGGUGAUGUCGUUAUUUCUGCUCGCCCUCUUCUUCUUCAUCAAGCACCUCGCGCUGCGACGCCAAUUAGCCGGAAUCCACAGCCCCCGUUCCUACCCGCUCAUCGGUCAGGCGUUGAUCAUCAAGCCGGAUGCUGAGGGUUUCAUGGAUCAGAUUAUGGGUAUGGGACAGCUUUACCCGACGGAUUCCCGGAUGGUGCUCUUCUGGAUCGGCCCCAAGCCGGCGCUUAUGAUCUAUUCGGCGGAAUUGGCUGAACGAAUCGUCUGCUCGAGCAAACACCUCAACAAGGGAUUCGCCUACAAUUUGCUAGAGCCGUGGCUGGGGCUUUCUCUACUGACUAGUAAUGCUGAACGCUGGCGCCCGAAACGCAAGCUGUUGACACCGACAUUCCAUUAUGACAUAUUGAAGGAUUUUGUUCCGGUUUUCAAUGAGCAUUCACUUACUCUCGUCAAGAAGCUGGCCACUGUCCCGAAAGGCGAAUGCAUCGACUUCUGCUCGUACGUCACCCUGUGCGCUCUGGACAUUAUUUGCGAGACCUCGAUGGGCAAACGCGUGAAUGCACAAAUUGAAGCUAACAGUCAGUAUGUUAAGGCGGUUUAUGAAAUCAACGACAUUGUGCUAAAUCGAACAAAGAAUCCGCUGAUGUGGAAUAAGUGGGCGUUCGACACGUUUGGGGAGGGCAAGGUGCACGAUGCUUGCCUGGCGACACUUCACGGGUUCACUGGACAGGUUAUCGCACAACGUGAAAGAGAGCUAGAAGCCGCCGAAUGGCAACUGGAGGGACGCCUGGCCUUCCUUGAUCUUCUGCUUGACAUGGCCCACCAAGGGCAAAUUGAUCACGGCGACAUCCAGGCCGAGGUUGACACAUUUAUGUUUGAAGGCCACGACACAACGUCUACCGCCCUUUCUUGGGCUGCCCAUCUCCUCGGCAACCACCCGGACAUUCUCCACCAAGCGCAAUUGGAGGUCGACAUGGUUUUUGCGGAAUACGGAGAAGUGAACGCAACAGCCUUGUCAAAGCUUGACUAUCUGGAACGAUGCAUCAAGGAGACCCUCCGCUUGUACCCAUCUGUGCCCACCAUCAUGCGAGAGCUCGGAUCGGAUCAGGAGCUCGCUGGCCGUAAAAUACCUGCUGGAAUGCAAAUCAUCCUCAACCCAUAUCUCAUCCACCGCGAUCCCGCCCAGUGGCCCGAACCCGAGAAGUUUGAUCCUGAUAGGUUCCUACCCGAAAAUUCCGUCAACCGCCACGCGUUUGCUCUCAUCCCUUUCUCUGCUGGCAGUCGAAAUUGCAUUGGGCAGCGCUUCGCCUACAUGGAGAUGAAGACGGUUCUCGCUUGGUUGCUCCACUACUUCGAUAUCGAAAGCGUUGACCGAAGAUGCGACGUCUCGCACAAAAUGGAGCUCAUCCUGCGUCCGGCGGAAGGCAUCCGCCGCUCGUUGAUACACCCAAUUACCCGGUCUGGGACGGGCAAAGCGAAAAAUGAUCGAGCGGGACACUCGGAAGUGCGGUGCCAGAAUUGUGAGAUGCCGUUUCAACUAUUGAUAUUUGUCGUGCUAUUGGUGGCCGUAAAUGGUGAUGCAACUUGCCCACAGGGUACCCUUCAGGUGCCUGGUCGUCAGUACUGUAUAAGCUUUACGGACGAACUUUCUUUCGGUGAUGCUCAGCAGGCCUGCUCUGACAAGGGCGCUACCCUCUAUGAGCCGAUCGACACCUACGAUGACAAACUGAUCGGGCAAAUGAUGCAGAAUUAUAGUCAAGCCCGCUAUGCGUGGAUCGGGAUUCUUGAAGAGCAAGGGAGCUUGCAAUUCGCCAGUACUGGUGAGGAGGCUGGGCGGAAGCAUCAAGUGUAUGGCAUCUAUCCAUUCUGCUCGCAAAACGUCGCCGGUUUCGGCAAACAGAUGAAUAACUGUACCCAGCAGGCAGGCAGCGAUACACCUUGCGAUAAAUACAUCGCCCAAAUGACGUGCGGUAUCGAGAGUGUGAAUGCGGUAUCGGCUGAACCGGAAAGGGACCGGCAGCUCGUCACUUCAUUCGUCAACGUUUUUCAUUCAUACCUGAAGCCUGAUUAUUUGAACAAAACCUAUGGGGAAGAUUGCCAGCAGCAACUUUAUGAUGGGCUAGACACGACAAAAACACUGGAUGUUCGCGUGUUGCUACGAGGAAAUGGACAUUUAUACCUUGCUGAUGCGGCAACAACGGCUGCCGGGAUUUGUACAAGCCCAAUGACUCGUUCCUGCGAUCCCGGCUGGUCAUACCUGGCCUCAUCGAAUGCAUGUUAUGCGGCGGCCAACUACUCCGAGUCUAUCACCCAAGAACAAGCCGAGUCGAUCUGCCAAGGCGCCGGCGGGAAUCUUGUUUCGAUCACCGGCAUCUCCGAGUUGUUGGCUGUGCUUGGAAUGGUCAGCGAGGCGGGGGAGGAUGUGAGCUACUGGACCGGGUUGACGUGCAGAGGCGGAAUGUGGCAGUGGACCGAUAAUUCGACGAUUGUCAUGGGAAUGGAUAUGAUGAAGAUGACACGCCGGAAGCGUCAGUAUUUUGUCGGUUCUCCCGGCGGCUCGACGAUGACGCCCUUGGUUAUUGCCGCGGGUCCGGAAUCGCUGCAGAGCCAAUGCACAGAGGGCGCUGGCUGUAUGAUUUCCCCAAUUAGCGAAAGCAGUUGGCGGGGCAGCAUUGGCACUUCGGGACUGUCGUGCACCAGCACCGACACCACUGGGAUCAUUUGCAAAAUGCAACUC